UCUCGUAGUUUGUGCUGUGUAUAAUGAGCCAGUAAAUUAAUAUAAAAUCCUAAUAAAUUCGUUUUUUGAUAAAUAAUUUCUUAGUUAAUCUGUAAAUCAUCGAAUUCUUCAUACUUAUACUUACAAUUUGUAAGUUACAAAGAUUAAAAACAACAAAACAAGUGGAUCAAAGAUCAGUUAAAGUUUAAAAGGUUGACUACUAACUAACUUGCAACAUGGCAACCGCAGCACCGCCCCCCGAGCCAGUCAACGUCGUGGAACUCGAACUCGGCGAAGACUUGGACCUUGUUAACUACGCUCUCCGCGCCAUCGGCGUCGUUCAGGCCGUCCAACAUAUGCCCAGUGUUCGACAGGUUGAGGAAAACUUGCCCGUUUUCCAGUCCAAGAAAGAUAUUCUUGUCGAUAUUGAAGCCUGCGGAAGUAGAAGUACAAAACCAUCCACAUUGUCAAAGAAGAUAUUCUCGCCCUUUAAAGCUACUAGACUCAUUACGGACGACAUAUUUCCUCGUGAUUCUGAGAAAGAUCCCCUCGUCCCGUUUACGCCUCCUGAUGAAAUUGAAGCGCAUGGAGUCAAUAGCGUGUUUGAGAUAAGGAAUAUUUACGCAUUCAUGGAGGCGUGGCAAAUACGUCAUCAUAUCUCAGAACCAGACGAAAAGGAAUUUCCCCUUGCAGCAAUGAGUGCCAAGAAGAAGGUGAAUAUUUACUGGGCCCUGACCUUACUGGGCAAAACGAAUGCAAUUGUGUUUGGAAUUUUGGGCACAAUUCCUACCUUGGCGAAACUGGGAGUAAAAAACUGGGUACUUCCCACAGGAGAUAAGGUCCCUUUGGCAUCUCUGCGAGCCGCAAUGCUAGAAACGCUACCGUCCCUGAUUUACACAGCCAAUAUGCUGGCUAACGUCGAAGCCGAUGGUCCAGCAACUUGGCCGGGUGCGCAGCCAUAUGACCUUGAAGACCCCGAUUUUCGCGGCCUUCACAAGAGGAAAGUUACCGCAAGGCUGGUACGCCAGGAUCUCUUGGUGAUUCGACAUCCCGUCCUAUUCGUCCAACUACCGAAUGGAACUCAUUACAUUGUCGAUCCCACCGGUAGGCUCUUUGGGUACGUUGGGGUCCAUAGGAGUCUCAUCGUCCAUGGGAGUGAAGCCGCGUACAAGGCCAAUUUCCCUGGGACCGUGAUCGAGGAUGGGUUGGCGCCGCUCACCUUUCAGGAUUACGAAGAAGGUCGGGAUGCUCGUUACAUCCCUGUUUUAAACCGACUGCUUGAGAAACAUUUGAGGAAACGUAUCUGCUGUUAUUGCGGCCAGCUUGAUGGCGUCCAUCCAUCGAAUGAAACUGCACGGCUUCGCCCAAUCGGCACGGACGGAAGGCUUCUCUUCGACCAAGAGCCUUGCAUUUUGUGGACCUGCCAGCUGUGCGGAGUGGCACUGUAUUGUAGCAGGUUUUGUCAAAAGUUUGACUGGAAGAGGCACAAGGAGGAGUGUAAAAAAUUGGAAUAGAUUAAUUUGAUGGAAUCUUUGAUACACUGGAAGGAUUGUGAUUAUUGAAAUGGAAGUAAUUCUUGAGUAUGAUUUUUUUUCUAAGCUUAUUUAUACCCCUAUAUUUUGGGAGAUUAUUUGUAAUGUAAUUGUGGCCUUGAUUGUGAUAAGGAUAUAAAAUAAUUCAUUGUGUAAAUUCAGUAUAUUUUUUGGUAUUAAUAAAAUUGGCAUGCUAAAUGCAUUAUUUUUUCAUGGAAA